UCUGAAUGUGUGUUUAGUCGGCUUUACAUUUCGAUCGGUUCCUAAUCACCUGCUUUGAACAUUUGAGCUUAUUGUACAGCAUGUUCAAGGUUUGCGAAGUUCAUUGAGUGACGUAAAACGACGUGGUAGCAGAGCUCGAGGACCGAGCCCGAGGCACGAACUCACUUCAUCACUUCAGUCGCUCGGCGCUUCGCCCGCUACCAGUCGUUGCCGCGGUCUCCCCGACACCGCUUCUUGGCCCACGCACUAUCGAUCGCUUCAUUCAUAAUGUUUUGAAGUAUCCACAAAACAAACCGGCCUUUUUGGUGCUACAAUCUUUAUGUAAAACAUGUUAUUUAUAAAAGACACUACUAAAUAUUUUUAUUAGCAUUUUUAAAUCUAAGUGAUAAAUUAAAUUAUUGAACAUUUUUGAACAGUAUUAUUUCUGAGUUUUUGUUAUAAAUAUUUAAUUAAGUGAAAUUAAAUUCCAACAUGAAAGACAAGAAGAAAAGUGAUGGAGCCCACGAGGCUAUGCUUGGCGAAGGCCAGGUACCCCAGAUCGUCAGCAAAGAGUCGAAGAAAGCUGAUGAAUAUGAAGCCUUACAGAGUUUCCUCCGAAGUAUCAGCUCCACAGCCACAUUACCGCCUUACGUGAAAGGGGAGACUUACUCCUCCACGCGAGGUGUAUUCAACCAGUGCCUCAUUACAUGUGCUGUCCUGAUUUUGGCCGCGGGUGCUGGUCACCCUAUCGGCUUCUCUGCAGUUGCCCUACCACAGCUCCGAAUCGAGAACAGUACCAUGAGGAUAGAUGACGAAAUGGGAUCAUGGAUUGCAAGUAUACAUUCAGCUGCCACACCGUUAGGGUCUAUGCUAUCGGGGCCCAUCAUGGAGGCUAUAGGCAGAAAGCGCACGUUACAAACGUGUACACUACCCCUAAUCAUAGGCUGGAUCAUCAUAGGCACGGCCUCUCAUCACGCUCUGCUGCUGUUAGGCAGAAUCGUGUGCGGAUUCGCCGUCGGUAUUAUGGCGGCACCUUCACAGGUGUAUUUAGGAGAAAUUUCUGAACCAAGACUGAGAGGGUUGCUGAUAGGCACACCGUUCGUGGCGUACUCACUAGGUGUCUUGUACGUGUACGCACUGGGAGGAGCCCUGCCGUGGAGAUCAGUGGCGCAUCUGUCUACAGUACUGCCAGCGCUUGCCUUCAUCGCGUUGUGUUUAUCACCAGAAAGCCCCACAUGGCUUGCCCGCCGAGGACGAUUCCAUGACGCCAUGGCCGCCAUGGCACGCCUGCGCGGAGACCAUGACACUGCCCAACGAGAACUUCACGAAUUGAUCUCAGCUCGGGAGAAAGAAAAGGCGCGCGGUGAAGAAAAGAUAAAGUUCCUAGAAACUGUCACAAGAGCACCAGUGCUGAAACCACUGCUUUUAAUAAACGCAUUUAACAUACUGCAGAUUUUAUCUGGAAGCUACGUUGUUAUUUUCUACGCUGUGGACAUUGUAAAGGACUCCGGUGGCGCUCUGCAACCUACCAUGGCAGCAAACGCGAGUGCCUUAGUGCGACUCGGCGUCACCGUAGUAGCGUGCAUCCUUUUGCUGCGAAUCACGCGUCGUGCGCUAGUGCUGGUCUCCGGUAUAGGCACAGCCGUGUGUACCCUCGCUCUUUCGUUCCUACUUUACCAAGGCCCCGGCUCAGGGAUCACACCACCAGUCCUCAUCCUCGGAUACGUCGCCUUCAACACCCUCGGAUUCUUCCUACUUCCCGGACUCAUGAUCGGAGAACUACUGCCCACCAAAGUUCGAGGACUGUGUGGCGGCUACAUCUUCUGCCUCUUCAACUCCGUCCUGUUUGGCUUCACCAAGCUGUACCCAGUCAUGAAAAAUGCUAUAGGAAUCGCUGGAGUGUUUGGACUCUUCGGGGCAUCGUCACUUCUCGCUACUAUAGUUCUAUUCCUCCUCCUACCAGAGACGAAAGGCAAAUCUCUCUUACAAAUUGAACAGUAUUACCAAAAACCCAACAUUUUGUGGAUUUCUCGCAAGAAAAUGACGACCGAAAGCCAAAGGGUCUGAAGGAAUUGUAUAACAUGUUGUACUUAAGCAAGUGUUUGACUUCAACUACUAGUUACAUAGGACGAAAUGUUGGAUGUACACGCAACGCAGAUACUAUGUAGGUAUAUCUAAUAGUGCUGUAGGUAAAUGACAAAAUCUCAAUAGAUACCUCAUAUUUCAAAAUACCUAAUGUCGCACUCGAUGGAGCUUUUAAGUAAUCUGUGAUAAAAGACUAAUUUCUUUAGCACUCAUGAAAGUAAUAAAAGCAGGCCUUACUUUAAUCAUUGUGUAUUUAGAUGUAACCCAACUGCUUUACAUGCCGCUAAAUAAUUCGCUAUAGAUAAGUAAAGAUUUAUGAAAUAUGGAAUAUAUUUUAUCAUAUAAAUACUACAAGAAAUGCUGUUUUAUACCACUGCUGUAAGGUGAUAUUUUAAUGUGAAUUUACCAAUUUAGUAGAAACGCAGGUGUCUAAAGGCACGUACCUAACUAAUAAAUACAUUAUAUCAAUAAAAAAAAUCAGUAACAAAAAAAUUGUAGUGAUAAGUAAAUCUCACUAACACGGUUAUUCCGUAAAUACAAAACGAUUGCCUUUUAUAAUAUUUUUUUAUAAAUUUAAAAUGAUGAAAUAAAACCAAAAAUAACCGCGGUUGGUAUUAAAUACCAUUGUACUAUUACAAUGAGAUUUUUAUCUGUGAUUUAUGUAAAUGACCGCUUAUGUGAUGAACUCGCAGAAGUUUAUGUAGGAAUAGAAAUUAAUAAAAUAUUUAUGUACUUAUCAAUGUUUAUACAAGGUGUAAUACGUAUCGUAACGCUGUCAUUGUACAAUAAUUAACAUAAUUGAACAUUUUUAACCCUUUUGAUUAUUAGGGUUGUUAAAAAAUUGACCUUAAAACGCUUUAGAAAAAAAAUAUAAUAUAUAAGAGCGAAGCUUGCACCAACAAUAUUAAAUAAGUACCUAAAUGUAUUGUGUGGCAAAUUGUAUGUUUUUAAAAACUGUUAUCUUAUGUAUGAAGAAACUUUUGAAAUAUAUGCGUAACAUAAAAUAGUAGGUAUCAAUGCAUAAAAGUAACUCGACAACCUUAACAAUAUAACAGACUGGCCUAAAAGUCGAUUGUUUAAAAUAUCAAACUUACACGAUAUGGACCACGGGCUGAUCGAAAUUGAGUUGUAAGGUUAGAUGAAUAUUGUAACUAUAUCGAGAUGAUUUUGUAAAGCGACAAUUCGAUAAAAUUAGUCAAGUCACCGCGUACUACUGCCUGCCCAAGUCGACCAUUCUGCUCGAAAUAUAGUCGCACAAAAUUUUCUCUUUCCAAAAAUCGAAGUUGCAAUAUUUAUCGCCAGGUACUGUACUUACCUAAAUUAUGUUAUAAUAAGUUUUAUUACGCUAUGCCCUUGUAGGUAUAUAGGUAGGUACUUUGCUACUAGCAUUCAUGUUAUCCAAACAAUUACAAUAUUGUUUGCAAAAACCCUAUCAAAAAUGUAAUUAUUUUAAGAGCAGUUAUUUUUGUAUUGCCACCGGAAAUUCCAAAUUGUGAUAUAAAUUAACCAUUUAAAAUUA